AUAUAUAUAUAUAAAUCAAAACUCUCCUCUCUCUUCUAUUAUUCAUCAUCUCUCUAUAUAUACAUACAUAUAUAUAUAUAUAUAUACAAGUCACUCCUUUGAUUCUCCAUUUCAUUACUAACUCAGAAAACACCACAUAAUAUAUAGUAUAACAAUAUUAGCGGCAAUGGAAGCUUAUUCUUACUCUUCUUCUUCUUCGACUUCAAACAAUACUAAAGUCCCUUACUACUCUUCGUCACUGCACUCGGUCAGGAAAUCUGCACCGGCUAAGCCAUGGAAGAAGCCGGUGGCGCCGCUGCCGCCGACUCCGCCGCGAGUGUACAAGGUCGACCCCAUUAACUUCAGGGGUCUUGUUCAGAAGCUGACGGCUGCGCCUGAGUUCCAGCUCGAGUCCAGCAGUCCCCCUCAGCCGCAGCUACGGCUGCAGAGCAUGGCGCCGCCGCCAGUUCAAGCAAUUUCUCCUUCAGUUCAGAUCCACCGUCCUACGCCGGAAAAAGCAUCAUCAUUGUCUACGGUGUACAAGGAGUUCUCUGAGAUUUUACAAUACGAGAAGAAACAUCAGAAUAAUACUAAUAAGUUGGGAUUAGCUGAGAUUAACAGCGUUGUUGGGUCGAGUUUUCUUGGACUAAACUCGUCAUCUUCUAUAUCAUCACCUUCUACUUCUCAUAAUUGGUGCUCUUAUCUGUUGAGCCCCGGAACUCUUUCCACUAUGGAGCAGAGUACAGUUCUUUAGAAUGAUCACACACACAUAUAUAUAUUUAUAUAUAUUUAAUGGUUCAUUAUUAUUACUGUAUAAUUACACACACCAGACUUGGCGAGUCGACUCAAUCUGAUGGGAUUUUAGUUUCGUCCUUUUAUUUUAUAUUUUUAGGUAUGUUAAUUAGAUUAAUGUAUACGGGAGCUUUGUAAUGUGCUCGAGAGAUGGAUGAGUACAGGUACUUGAUACUGCUCGGUAUAAUUAAUAUUGUAAUUGCAUUAAUAACAUAAUGAAAAUAAUAACCUUUUUAUAUAUA